UGAAGGAUUUAAUCUCUUGUCUUAAUUAACUGUUCUUUUUGUAAUAACAAAACUAAUCAGAUUAAUUUAUCUUUUUGACAGUAUAUUUUUUUCUACUAGAUGCUACAAUUAAUGUAUUAAUGGGGGAAAUAAUAAUAUUUCCAAUUAGAACGAGCCAAACCCUAGUUUUGUUUACGUCCGACCUCUUCCUUCUCCCUCUUUCUUCUCUCCCAAACGUUUCUCUUUUUCUCUUUCUCUGCUAAUCUCGAACCAAAAACACAUCCUAAUCUGGAUGAAAUAUAGCUCAAAAUAUAUCUCAAAACCCUAAUCACGAGUUAACUAGUAAAGAACCUUGUCUUACCCUUAAAAACAAAAAGAGGGUAAGUGAUUGGAAGAUGAGCAGUAGCGGAAGCCCUGGCAGCAGCUGUGGAGGAGGACCGUGCGGUGCGUGCAAGUUCUUGAGACGUAAGUGCGUUGCCGGCUGCAUAUUCGCGCCCUAUUUCGACUCCGAGCAAGGAGCGGCGCACUUCGCGGCGGUUCACAAGGUUUUCGGAGCAAGCAACGUUUCGAAACUCCUCCAGCAUGUUCCCGAGCACAAACGAGCAGAUGCAGUCGUUUCAAUCUGCUUCGAAGCUCAGGCUCGUCUCCGAGACCCUAUCUACGGCUGCGUCUCUCACAUCGUCUCUCUUCAGCAACAGGUGGUGAGUCUACAAACUGAGCUUUCAUAUGUACAAGCACACUUAGCAACUCUAGAGCUGCCACAACCACCGCCGGCUCCGGUGACUUCUUCUGGAUCUCCGCCGCCUCUGUCCAUAUCAGACCUCCCCACAAUAACACCGUCGUUGUACGAGCUCUCUCCCAUAUUCGAACCGAUGUCUUCCACGUGGACCAUGCAGCAACAACCUCGACCUUUUGAUCAUCUCUUCGGCGUCCCGUCAUCAUCCACUAUCGGAGGAAGCAGUGAGCUGCAAGCUCUGGCACGUGAUUUUCUUCACGGUGGGCAAAUUCCAGCUGAUCUGCCACCGCCGGGGACCGGUGGUUCUGCCCCAACUGUGGUAAAACGAGAAUGAUACUAUUUAUAUGUGUUGGUUAAUUUGGACCUAUACAUAGCCAUAUGUUUCUUCUAGUUAUAUGUAUUUAUACUUGAUCGGAUUCGUAUUUUAAUUGUUGGCUGGAGGGUUAAUAUAAGAACUAUGAUUCUCGA